AUGUCUACAAUUGGAUCUCUGGUAUUUUGCACAGACUGUGGCUCCCUACUUGAUGGCUCAGUUGGUGAUCCAACCAGGAUUCUGGUUUGCGAUGUCUGUGGCACUCGAAACAAAGAUACUGUGCCCCAGACUAUCAUCUCUGAGUCCAAGCCAAGCGCGUUUCCUUCGACUCUGAGAGCCAAGCGCUCCGCCAUUCAGACUUUGACCGCUGCGGACAGAAGGACACAGGCUACGAUCGAGAAGACCUGUCCGAAAUGCGCGAGGAAGGAGAUGUACUUUACGGAAGUGCAAUUACGUAGUGCGGACGAAGGAAGUACUAUUUUCUACACUUGUAUUUGCGGUUAUAAAGAGACUACGAACAAUUAA